AUGGGGACCUCCAACUUGUGGACAGACUACCUGGGCUUGGCAAGCCUGGUGGGGGCUCUGGGUGAGGAAGGGGAGGAGCCCAAGACCAGGCUGCACCCCCAGCCAGAGCCGGUGCCAGAUCCAGUGCCAGAUCCAGUGGAUCCGAGACCCAGCCCGGAACCCUCGCUGACUCCUGAAUGCCUGUGUUCCUUCUGCAAACACAACGGCGAGUCCCGGGCCAUCUAUCAGUCCCACAUGCUCAAGGACGAGGCCGUCCGCGUGCUGUGCCCCAUCCUGCGAGAUUAUGUGUGCCCGCAGUGUGGUGCCACCCGGGAGCGUGCCCACACCCGCCGCUUUUGCCCGCUCACUAGCCAGGGCUACACCUCUGUCUACAGCUACACCACCCACAACUCUGCUGGCAAGAAGCUCACCCGGCCGGACAAGCCGAAGACGCAGGACGCAGGUCAUCGCCGAGGAGGUGGCUCAGGUUCCAAAGGUGCCAGGAAGUCUUCAGGACCCUCGCCUUCGUCCUACAGUUCCUCCACUUCUGCCUAG